AUGUCUGAGCGGUGCGACAUGAGGGGGGCGAAGAACCUGCGCAUGAUGGUGGUGCAGUCGGUUCUGUUCCUCUACUGUGAUCUCAGUAAGGACUGCGGGGCAAGCUCCUCCGGCAAGUCGGUGCUUAUCAGCACCAGCAGCGGCAACAAGCCACUCGGCAAAUCGAGCGCAUUUUUGGGCCUCAACAUCUUCACCAAGUCCCUUGACAAGCGUGAUCUUUCCAGCACAGCGACGGAGGCGCUCCGCACAACAUCUUUCACGGACGUCGGGGACGGCUGUCAGUGGCGGAUUGAGGAGGACGGAGUCACUCUGUGUAUUCGAGUCGACUUCACCACUGUUCAGAAGCGCCUCGGGGCCUCUGGCAAGUCGAUGCUGCUCGCCACCACAGGUGGCAACAAGCCUAUCGGUGGUACGGGGCUAAUCUGCGGGUUAAACUGUUACCACCCAGUGGACAAAGCCUUCGACGCGUCGCAAUUGGCGGCGGGUAACGGGGGGGAGGAUGAGGUGCAGGUGGGGCAGACACGGCCCAUGGAAGGCGGUUUUGCGGUGUCGUACACGACGCCGACGGAGAUGCAUGUUACCUACACCUACCGAGCGGAGGAGAUGGCGGAUGGCCACACUGCGUCGCUGCCCGCUUGCUUCGUGGGAGACCUCAAGGUGACGGUGUUCGUGUGCGCACCAAAAGCGGCACGCGCACGCACGGAGAAGACGGCCACGAAGGCGACUGAGGAAGAUGAAAAGCACGCCGCAUCGUCAAGCCCCACUCCUUUCUUGAGCCAAGCAAGUGGUCCGAACUGCAGCGAGGAUUUGUCUCUGGAAAGGGGGAAAGACAGUAAGGUGCGCAACGUCACCGUCACAUGCACAACGGCACCAGCACAAGGUGAAGAGGCGGCAGCCUCACCUGGCUCGCAUUCCGGAGCGUACACGAUUGACCUUUGCUUCGACCCCACGCUGAGCUUCGGCCGUUCAUUAUCUGGUAAGUGGGUGACGGUGGCCUCAACGGGCGGCUUCCAGCGUGUCGUCGAUGCAGAGGACCGCGCCGUCUGUCGGUUCAGCCUCUACGCCGGCCGCCCUGCGCCGCCGCUCUCUGAGGCGGAGAUCACGGCGGCCGUGCGGGCGGUGCUGGCGGCCAAACCGAAAGCGCGGCUGCCGAGCCUCUCAUUCAAAGAGGUGCUGACCGAGGUGAUGAGCAUGCUGGACCUGAGCGAGGCCAUGAAAGAAACGGUGAAGCCGAAGAUCAAGGAGGCCGUUAUGGCCUUUGUGCAGGCAGCGACCACGUAA